GCUCUGAUAAAUCCCAUGCUUGUAACCUACGGCCAAUAUCUAGCGGCUCAGCGGGUAGCUUGUUAUUACGGCGAAUAUACUAAUCACUGCUUAUUACGUACGACCGGUGAGACGACCGAUCAUCUUCGCAUCGUCCAGCGAUGUCCACGUUUUCAGCAAUACUGUGCGCAAUUCACUCGCAUACGAGAGUUAUGAUAUCAGAUGUUCGCGUACAGCGUGGCUGACGGGGCGAUAAUCAAAUUCUUUAGUCUAUGUAGAUGCUAAACAUAGACCUGCUACUUGGGGCGUCCCAUUUCAAGUACAAUUAGCGAACCCUUCUAGUUAUGAUUCGCGCUAGUUCUGGGAGCUUUGUAUGAAAACGAACUAAAAAGAAAUCAUAUUUUGUUCACUUCAUCAGCUUGAACAGAUACAAGCAGUUCACAUUACUUGAUUUGUGAUUUGAUUUAUCACCAAGACGUCACACUACUUUAUCUAGUAUUCAAUCAGUUAUUAGUCGGAUUAUGGCCAUCAAGCGAACAAUUUACUGGAGCUUAUCAAAACCGUGUGGACAAAGCUUUCGAGUAGACCAUCAAUCAUAUUUAACACUGUUGAUAGACCAAACAACAUGAAGUUUUUUCAAGUAAAAUCUAUUCUAGGGAAUAAAAAGUUGAUGCUAGCAUGUAUAGCCGCUGCCGUGAUUACGAUUUGUGCAAUUGCGAUUCCGCUGAUUGUUGUGUCUUCGUUGGACGAUUUUUAUGGUAGAGAUAUCCUGGACGAAGUUCCACUAAUUGAUGGCCACAACGAUCUUCCCUUUAACAUCUACAAAUACGAACGAAAUCUGCUGGCGAACUUCAAUUUGGACUCAAACCUGAAACUGCACCCAGUGUGGGGCGAAGCGAAUACCAGUCACACUGAUCUUCCCCGGUUACGGCAAGGUAAGCUUGGCGCCCAAUUUUGGGUGGCAUAUGUUCGAUGCGCCGACACGCAAUACUUGGACGCAGUCGCCAGGACACUAGAGCAGAUCGAUGUGGCCAAACGAUUGAUCGCCAAGUACCCAAACGACUUGAAAUACGUAACAACGGCCGAUGGAAUUCUGGAUGCCUUCGAGGAGAAGAAAAUAGCUUCACUGUUGGUGGUUGAGGGAGGUCACUCGAUCGACUCUAGACUUGCGGUGCUUCGAUUGUUCUACGAACUCGGUGUUCGAUAUCUAACGUUGACCCAUUCGUGCAAUCAGCCGUGGGCCGAUGCUUCGCCGAUCGAUGCGAUGACGGAGCCGCAGCUGAAUAAUCUGUCCUCGUGGGGUCGCAACGUAAUUUGGGAAAUGAACCGUCUGGGAAUGAUGAUCGAUGUGUCGCACGUUAGUCACGGAGUGAUGCAUGAUGCUAUCAAGCACAGCAAAGCUCCAGUCAUUUUCAGUCAUUCGUCGUCACAUGCUGUCCACGAGCACCAUCGUAACGUUCAGGAUGAUAUUUUGCAAGAACUUGUAGAGAAUAAGGGAAUUAUUAUGGUCAACUUUUACCCCCAGUUUGUGGGUGGAAACUCCAUCGAUGAUGUCGUUAGACAUUUCAAUCACAUCAAGUCAGUUACCGGAUCUGAUCACAUAGGAGUCGGAGGAGAUUACGAUGGUGUUUCCGAAACUCCGGUUGGAUUGGAAGAUGUUUCUAAGUAUCCGGAUUUGUUUGAUAUGUUGGCAGCUGGUCGGCUGACAUCUGGUGAAACUUUUAAACCCUGGACUAAGGAGGAGCUACGCAAACUGGCAGGUCUUAAUCUGUUACGAGUGUUCAAGGCUGUUGAGCAGGUUCGAGAUGAUAUGGCAGAUGUAGCACCGUACGAAGAUAUCAUUCCAUUCGAGGAGUUCGAAAAGGCGGGUGUUUCAGAGCAGCCGUGUAUGACAAACAUGGAAAUACAUAAGCAAUGAAAUUAAAUUGUUUACCAAA